UGGCCACUCAUUACCUACUGACAGCAAUAAAGCAGGCACACCCAGAACUACCAUGAGCAAAAGGUUAAACCUUUUCAUUUGAAAAAAGCACCAACACACCCAGGUGGUAAAUGAGGCCAAUGCCCAGGACUCGCCUGAUUGGCUUGGUUUGACAAGUGAUGUAAUGCAGGGCCUGACCACUUGGUAAUAAAAUUGUAAAUGGAUAAGGGUCAUUAACUCCUUAAAAGCAGCAGAAAACAGGAAAACAUCUGAGAGGACACGUACACACAGGAGAGAGUUUGCGGAGAAAGCUCACUGGGACGAAUCGAAACUUCUGGAUUCAACAGCAGGUGCAGUAGUAACUUUAGGAGGAGGCAUAGCUUGUGGAAAGAAGGGUUGCCAAAAAGGAGCUUGAAGGGCAAAAUCAAAAAGGCAAAAGAAGCAAGGGAAGAAAGGGAAAACAAAAAGGAAGGAACCAAGAGGAACGGAAGGAGAAAUAAAGGAGCUUUUGAUUCCUUGUCUGAGUAUACGAUGGUGUCUUUUGGACUCGAGCUGGUCGGCGUCAGUCUGUCAGUGCUCGGCUGGGUGCUGAGUGUGAUCAGCUGCAGCUUGCCAAUGUGGAGGGUCUCUGCCUUCAUUGGCUCCAACAUUGUCACAGCUCAAGUCUACUGGGAGGGCCUGUGGAUGAACUGCGUGUUCCAGAGCACGGGGCAGAUGCAGUGUAAGGUCUACGACUCCAUGCUGGCUCUACCUCAGGACCUGCAGGCCGCCAGGGCGCUCACCAUCGUCUCCAUCAUCGUGGGUGUGGUGGCUCUCCUCAUCUCUGUGGUGGGAGCAAAGUGCACCAACUGCAUCGAGGAUGAAGGGGUUAAAGCCCGAGUCAUGGCUGCCUCAGGUGGCUCGUUCAUCACGGCAGCUCUGACCCAGCUUGUGCCUGUUUCCUGGUCAGCACACACCAUCAUAAUUGAGUUUUACAGUCCACUCAUCCCCUCUGGUCAGAAGAUGGAGAUCGGGGCGGCGCUGUAUCUGGGAUGGGCCGCUGCAGCCCUGCUGCUGAUUGGAGGGUCAAUCCUCUGUUGCAGUUGCCCUCCACAGGAAGAGAAACAAAUAAGGUACAGCGUGCACCCCCAGAGUCGUAUAGCAUACUCUCCCACACCGAGGUCAAAUGCUCCAAGCUCCUACAACAGGAAAGACUACGUGUGAGGAAAGGACUGAUGGUGGGAGUAGGAAGAAUUGUGACCUUUUCAUGCUGUUUGUACUUUUAUCCUGCUUAUUUGUAGAUUGUCAGGAAAUGUGUACAGCUAUAGUAGCUAAAUAUCAUUUGCUUUGGUUUAACUGGAACCAAUUAUUCACUAGAAAAAGACCAGUUUGUGGACAUUAAGGACCAUGAAUGUUUGUAAAAUGAAGGCAGUUGUUGCUUUUAAGAGCUAGAUUGGAAGCUCCAUACAGAUGUUUAUUGGUAAUGUUUACGACAAGUUUGAAGAAGCUUUGACCUGAUGUGGUAAUAUAAGUAACAUAUGGUUCAUGGUCAGUUCAAUUUGGAGACUUUAUCCCACAUAUAUUUAUUAUUUGUGCUUAUAACAUUUAUGUUGUGCUGAUCAGUGUGAACAGAUAUCAGGUAUUAUACUGUGUAUCAAAUAUAGAUGCUGUUGUGAAUGUUUUAAAUGGCGUUAUGGUUGGGAGGGCAGGGUGAAUAAUAUGUUUCUUGCUAUUAUAACAGAAUACAGACACAAUCACAGAUAUGAAACCUUUUACAGUCAUCGAAAUGGAGCUCAUUUUGGGGUCCAAAAUAAGGUCAACAGGACAGAGUGGACUGUAAAAAGCAGUUGUAAAAUGAAUAUUUGGCAUGGUGAUUUUUGAUCUCUAUCACAUUUCACAGCACAUCAUGUGGCUGUGUUUAGACUUUGUCUACAAAGGUUAAUGCUUUUUUAUAACAGGGAUUUUGUUGUGUUAACAUUGUACUUGUUCCCCAAUGAUGAGAUUUGAGUUUACUCUAUGAAUGCAAAUGUUUUGUUUUUAGAUCAACUGAAAUGAUUUAAACAACUUUAGUAAUAAAGAUGAGAAACAAUAUGUGGGCCUAAUUUAUCCUGGUUCAACUUAGCAAUGAGGUGAUCGGGGGGAUCAUUAAAUGCUUAAAUACUUGGCAUGAGAGAUAAAUAGUGGUAAGAUUUUGAUA